CCCUGACACGUGGCCGGGCGAUGCCGGUGCGUCCCGCCUGGGGCUCCGUGCUGUGCCCAUGCCCCGAGGGCUGCCGGCUCGGGUUGAACGUCUGCGUGCAGCACGCUUUAAAAUGGUGGUUUGGAGCUAAGUGGUUCUUGGUGCAGGUAAUUGGCUGAGGGAGAGCAGUUACUGUAGGUUCAGUACCCUCGUAUAUGUGUGCACAUACCUGGAGGCAUUCAGGGCCGGGCUGGAUGUGGCUCUGGGCAGCCUGGUCUGGUGGUUGGUGACCCUGCACAUAGCAGGGAGUUGAAACUUGAUUAUCAUCGUGGUCCUUUUCAAGUCAGCCCAUUCUAUGAUUCUGUACAUGAAUGCACGUUAACACUGAGCUCUUAAAUCGUUUUCUGUGCAGGCAGUUGCUGAGCGGGAGCUGACAAGUGAGAUCAGCUGUGGGAGGAGCACCUACUGAAGGCGAAGGCUGAGCUUUAAAAUUCAGCUUUGAUACAGUAACACUGGUGCUGCUUUGUUUCAAUGAAGGAAAUGAAGUAAUCCCUUGGAGGGCUGUGAUCCUGCACGUGGGAAACUUCAGCUCAGGGCCGCAGCCUGUGCACCUGAAAUAGAACUGCGGUGCUAUCUUAUGUUAUAGAGACAGGCCUGACAGAAGAGAUCUGAUAGAAAGCAUUUUUAAAUACACAUAUCCUUUAAUUUCUGAUUUGGUGUUAGAAAGCCUGAGAUCUUCUUGCAAAUAGAACUCAGUGGUGUCCUGUGCUCGUUACUGAGCAGCUUCCCUGCAGAGUGAGCUGCUUCCUAGUAGGCCCGCAGGCAGUGAGGGCAGAAAUUAAAUGUACUGUGCAGAAUUCAGAUGGAAACUUUGAUAGGCAGCGUCAUCUGCAGGGGAAAAAAAAAAAGAAAAGCAUCUUCUCUUCUGGAAGGCAGUGAGAAGCUAUUGCUAAACGAGCCACGGAUGGAGCUGAUAUUGCAUCAGAGCGCAAGGCCUUUCUGUGCUGUGACUCAGGUUAUCGCUGUGAUCUCCAGGGUUCGUAUCACUGCGUCAAGGUUCUGAACCAAAGUCCCAGUCCUUACAUUAUUAUGGCUGAGUAUCAAGUCUCUGGUAAUAAGACUUGCCUGUGGCCCAUCUUGCUGCACAGUGAUGUUAAUGCUAAAACAAAUCGGUGAUAAAUGUGGUAAAUAAUUGUGUGUUUUUUUAGCUUACAGGGAUAAGGGGAGCUGCUGGAUAAAUGACACUGAAGCAGAAAGGGUGUUGUAAAGUGAAAGGGCAGGAAGGUUGAGCAGUGUUGCAGCCGUAAGCACAGCAACUCUUCCAGUUACACAGACUGCGCUGUGCCUUGGUCGUGUUGAGCUGAAGCGCCAUGGAGCAGUACACAGCCAACAGCAACAGCUCCACGGAGCAGAUCGUGGUGCAGGCGGGGCAGAUUCAGCAGCAGCAGGGUGGUGUCACUGCUGUCCAGCUGCAGACUGAGGCUCAGGUGGCAUCCGCCUCAGGCCAGCAAGUCCAGACCCUCCAGGUAGUCCAGGGGCAGCCGUUAAUGGUGCAGGUGAGCGGAGGGCAGCUGAUCACAUCGACUGGCCAGCCCAUCAUGGUGCAGGCUGUGCCUGGGGGCCAGGGCCAGACAAUCAUGCAAGUCCCCGUUUCUGGAACGCAAGGACUGCAGCAGAUUCAGUUGGUCCAGCCAGGUCAGAUUCAGAUUCAAGGUGGGCAGGCUGUACAGGUACAGGGGCAGCAGGGCCAGACCCAGCAGAUCAUUAUACAGCAGCCACAGACUGCAGUUACUGCUGGCCAGACACAGACUCAGCAGCAAAUAGCAGUUCAAGGACAACAAGUAGCACAAACGGCUGAAGGGCAGACCAUAGUCUAUCAGCCCGUUAACGCGGAUGGAACCAUUCUCCAACAAGUUACAGUCCCUGUUACAGGCAUGAUCACCAUUCCAGCAGCCAGUCUGGCUGGAGCACAAAUUGUGCAAGCAGGAGCCAACACCAAUACCACCAGCAGCGGACAAGGGACUGUCACAGUGACACUGCCAGUUGCUGGAAACGUUGUCAAUUCAGGUGGAAUGGUUAUGAUGGUGCCUGGAGCUGGAUCAGUACCAGCUAUCCAGCGGAUACCUUUGCCCGGAGCAGAGAUGCUUGAAGAAGAGCCCCUCUACGUAAAUGCUAAGCAGUACCAUCGGAUCCUGAAGAGGAGGCAGGCACGUGCAAAGCUUGAAGCGGAGGGGAAAAUUCCCAAAGAGAGAAGGAAAUACUUGCAUGAGUCUCGGCAUCGUCACGCCAUGGCCAGGAAGCGAGGGGAAGGGGGGCGUUUCUUCUCACCAAAGGAGAAAGACAGUCCCCAUAUGCAGGAUCCACCUCAGAACAAUGAAGAAGCAAUGACACAGAUGAUCAGAGUCUCCUAAUCACUGCUAACAUAAAAAUGUAACUGAAUUCCUGUCCCUUCUGCAAGUCUGUCCUACCCUACCAGUGUAUCAAGCAAGUCUUUCAAUGGGACAAUCACCACAUCACAGCCUAUCCUUUUCUACAGACAAACACCACUUUUUCAGCGUGUGGUAAAGAUUUUAACUGCAGUUGACUCAACUAAUAGAAACUGAAUGACUGUCUUGGUAUACUCUUCUGAUUCAGUGCAGGGAUUUCAGUCUGACAGCUCAUGCCUUUUUUUUUUUUUUUCCUUUUUUUCUCCUUUAUAACAU